AUGUCCGAAGGUGAUUUAGCCGCUGGUAUCUCCAGUCUGUCAUUGGAUCAGACGGGCCCUGUGCCACACAACUUUAAGAAACACAGGAGACCGAAUAGAGCUUUCCACAAUUUGAACUCUGCGAAUCCGACACUUAAUGAUUUGCCGAGCUUCCCCGGAAUGCCUGUCCAUGGUAGAACCUCCUCCUGGACUGGGGCUUCUCAGAGUGCAUCCGGAUCUCCAUUCAUCCAGCCCCAGAGUUUCACUCCAAGGCAGUUUGAUGCUUCACAAUUCCCAGCACCGGGAUCCCCCUACGUAGGCAACGGUGUGCCUCCCUCUCCUGGAUUCAACACCGCCUCUGAACAGUUUAUGGUACCUGCUGGCCCUGGAGCUUCGACCCCCACGCCAAAUGCCUCGUUUUCCCCCGUAUAUGAAGAAUCGAACUACAACACCUCUCACAUCAUUGCCACUCAGAGAUGGGAGGAGCAAUUGCUGUAUCUACAGAAGAUGUACCAGACCAUAAAGGACCUCAACGUACCGCUACCAACUACCGAGUUCUAUUGCAAGGAUCAAUCCAAAUGUGACCCGAGAUUCAUGAGUGUUUCUAUGUAUGCGCUGCCGGAGGACAGCCAUCUGAGAAGCGCCACAAAGCUACCUAUUGGGCUGACUGUACAACCGUUUGCGCAAACUUUACCGGAGGAGCCCGUUCCUAUCGUAAAGUCUAUCACGAACAUGGUCUUAAACGAUGGCUCUGAAGAUUUGAAAGAACCUAUACGUUGUAUGAGAUGUCGCACGUAUUUGAACCCAGGAUUUCAAAUUGGUUACGAUGGCAAUGCGUGCUGUAAUAUUUGCAACGUCAAAAUGAAGUUGUCCAUGGAGGAAUUUGGCAACGGAGUGAUUGAUGGCCAAGGUGGGCUUGAUAGAUUGGAGACAUCGUUCGGUACUGUCGACUUCUUGGUGCCAAGGCAGUAUAAUGCAACUAAGGACGCGGCUCCAUUACCACUGCAUUACGUGUUCUUGAUAGAUACGUCCCUGCUGGCUAAUGAAAACGGUAGCUCAUUGGCUGUAGUUGAGGCGGUCAGAAACUCCAUCGAAUACAUCAGCGAGAAUCAAGAAAAUUGUAAGAUUGCCAUCAUAGCUUAUGACAAUAAGUUAAAGUUCUACAAGUUGAUACCGGAAUUAGAAAGUGCGCAAGAAUACAUCGUCAACGAUCUCCAAGACGUCUUCCUACCAUUUUACAAUGGGCUUUUCACCAAACCAAAGGAUUCCAUGAAGGUGAUAAACGACACAUUGAGGAAGAUCAGCGACUUCAUAGUUGCCGACAAAUACAGCCAGGUCCCACACGCAUGCUACGGUACCGCUCUAGAGGCAGCCAAACUAGCCCUGAGUACCGUCACCGGCGGUCAAGGUGGUAAAAUUGUUUGCUCCUUGAACUCGUUACCAACUUUGGGUAAGGGCAACCUACAAUUGAAGAAGGAUGACGCGUUGAAGAAACACGUCAAAUGUGACAACGAAUUUUAUAACCAGAUUGCAGACCAGCUGAUGAGAUCCUAUAUUUCUCUAGAUCUCUACGUGACUGGUGCAGGAUUCAUUGAUAUGGCAAGUGUGGCGAAACCCGUUGAAAAGACAUCCGGUAUGUUGAGAUACUACCCACAUUUCCGCUCCGACCAUGACGAAUUCUUAUUAGUUAACGAUAUGGUGAGCAAUAUAGCUAAAAUUGUGGGUUAUCAAGGUCUGCUUAAAGUUCGUUGCUCUGCUGGUUUAUCGGUCGAAUCUUAUUACAUGGAUGCCAUAGAUUACUCGGAUCGUGAACCAAUGAUCCCUGUUUUAACUAAGGAUACAACCGUGGAUGUUCUCUUCAAGUAUGACGAAAAGUUGAAGGCCGGUAAAGAUAUGUAUUACCAAACCGCUAUGUUGUACACGGAUAUUCAUGGUGUUCGAAAGGUCCGCUCCAUCAAUACCAGCAGCAGAGUGUCCAAAAAUAUCAGAGAGAUCUUCAAGUACGUGAACCAAACAGCGGUGCUUAGAAUAAUGAUCAAAGAUAUUAUCCGCACUCUGGGCAACUGCGACUUCCCAGCCAUCCGGAAGGUGAUUGACGACAAACUAGUAGACAUAUUAACGCAAUACAGAGCAUUGAUCAGUGGUAACUCUUCGUCGCAACUCGUCCUUCCUGAUGCGCUGAGAACACUGCCAAUGUACAUGCUAUCGUUCGAAAAGAGUGCAUUGAUGAGACCAAAUAUGCAAAGUACAAGGGGCAACGAAAGAAUUUUUGAUUUGAUGAAAUACAGCAUGUUCGACAGCGCCAAACUGUCCUUCAAAUUAUAUCCCCAAAUCAUCCCAUUUCAUGAAAUGUUGGAAGAGACAGACUUGAUGUUUUAUGACACAAACGAAAGGCUACUUCAAGUUAGCCCUACAACAAUUCCAAAUCUUUCUGUCCGUGACGGUCAUGCGUCGCUAAUGAACGGUGGGUGUUACUUUGUGUUUGACGGUACGCACAUUUACUUGUGGUUCAACGAAAAUACAAACAAGAUGUUGUUACAAGACUUGCUUGGCAUCGACCCAUCCUUGCCAACUGCGUCCAUUACCUUGGCCGGGGGCUACUUGCCUGAGUGCGGGACGAGCAUCAAUGAAAAGGCCCGCAACAUUGUCAAAUAUUGGUCUCAUAUCACUGCGCAGCCAACCAUCCCGCUAAUCUUGCUGAGACCAAACAUCGAUCAAUACUACAGCUCAACCAUGACUAACAUCCUCUGUGAAGAUAAAAGCAUGAACCUGAUUGAGGACUACGACAACUACCUUAUCAACCUGCACCGCAAGAUCCAAGAGAGGCUUGCCAAGGACGAUUUCGUAAAAGUCUCCACCAGCAGCGGAAGCUCACUUGGUAAAGGUCACGAGCAAUUCCACCAAAAGUUUGUACAGUUCUAA